CGGGACAGCGAAACAGGUCGGGACCGCGGAACAGGUCGGAACAGCGGAACUGAUCGGGACAGCGGAAGAGGAAUUGCGCUGGCGAGCAGCGAAGCCAAGGUGUUGUUGGGGUGGUUAGGAUAUGAGAGAAAAAAAAAUAGAAAAAAAUUAAGGGAAGGGAAGGAAGUGUGUGGUUGGUUGGUUGUGUGAUUGCCGCGUGCGCGCCUUUGUGUGUGUGUGUGUGUGCGUUUUUGAGAGAGAGAGAGAGAGAGAGAGAGAGAGAGAGAGAGAGGCAUUGAUUUGUGGAGUGAUUAGGUUGACCAGUGCCUUUGGACAAAGAGAGAAUGGCGCGAAAGGUCUAUGGCAACGCGUUUGAACUUAUAUAUAUAUAAAUACUGGCAUAUAUAGAUACGUAGCAAAGGACAGAGAAAGCUGUUGUCAUACCAUCGCGCGAUCGAUUGAACUGUUCUAUUGGUAUUUUAGGGAGAGGGAGGAGGAGGACGACGAAAGGCAGAGAAGGAAAUGGGAGGCGGGUACGACAGAUACGAUAGGCACGAUAGGUACGAGAAGCAGGACCGCUACGACAGCCGAGAUGGUGGGGGCGGCCGUUAUGGGGAUGGAAGGCGUGUAGGGAGACCAGGAGAAAGGGAUGAAGGUGGGCGGGCGACAAGAGUGGAUGGUCGUCGGAGUCGAAGGGAUGAUUGGGAGCGAGGAAGGGAUAGAGAUUGGGAUCGCGAUUCGGACGGAGGGGGAGACAGAGAAAGGAGGUGGUACAGGGAUGACGGAAAUUCUGAUCGUCACCGAAGAGAUGGAGGGGGGAGGAAAGGGUACAACCCGAGUGGGGGGCCGCGGGGGGAUAGACGGGGGUAUAGCAGGGACAGCAGGGGAAGAGGGGGGUAUGACGAGGAGGACAGCUGGGAUGAUGAAGAAGACUCGAGAGAGUGGAGCGAUUACGGGGUGGAAAGUAGCCGAAGGGAGGGGGACACAGGUAGAUCGUCUGGGAAAGGGAGGCGUGAGGGAGAGAAGAGGGAGGUGAAGGAGAAGAAGGAAGGGGGGAAGGAGAAAGGGGAGAAGGAGAAAGGAGAGAAGGAGAGGAAGAAGCGUGGGGACAAGGAGAAACGAGAGAAACAUCGGGGGAGUAGUAGGCGGAAGCAUGCGGACGAAGGGGGGGAUGAGUCAGAGGAGGAGGAUGACGAGGGGGCUUCGGAGAGAAGGGGGGAGGGGGAGAAGGAUGGGGGGAAGAGAGGGGGAGGGAAGCGGGCGAGGGCGGAGGCGGAUGAAGCAGAGGAGAGAGAGGAGAAGGACGGGGGAACUCGAGGAAGAGGAGAGGGGAAGGGCAAGAAACUCCGCGGUGGAGAUCAAGAUGAUGGUGGAGGCGAAAAAGGGGGAGGGGGGCGCGCAAGGGGGGAGAAGAGAGAAGACGAAGGGAAGAGUGGGGGGAAGGGGAAGGAAGGUAAGAGCGGUUCCCGAGGGGAGAAAGGAGGAUCGCGGAAGUUAAGUAGCACAGUAAUGAGGGAUGGAAUGAAGGUCAGCGGUAAGGAGAGGAGGAGGCACCGGAAGCGGACGCGGUCGCUAUCCGGAUCUCGGUCGCGUUCGUGGUCGCGGUCGAGAUCGAGGUCGGGGUCUCUGUCCUCCCGCUCAAGGUCCUCGAGAUCGGAGUCGGUGUCGCGAUCGCCCUCGCCAUCGAGGUCGGAGUCGAUGUCCCGGUCGCGAUCCAGCUCGGAAUCCCGAUCGAGGUCACCGGAACCAAAGAAGCGGUCGACCAAGAGCACCAAGGCGCCUCCUUCUUCGUCUAAGGUUAAGGAGAAGGAGACGACGGGCAGAAGGGGUGAGAAAAGAGAGGAACGACGGGGAAAGGAGGAGAAGGCCCAGAGAGGAGAGGAGGACAGGCGGGCCGUAGGGAGGGAGCAAAAGUCAGGGAAGGAUAGGGAGGCCGCGGGAAACGUGGAUGACGUGGCGGCGGCGGCGGCGGGAGCAGCAGCGGAGAGUGUGGCGGCGGGAGCGGCGGCGGUCACGACGACGAUCUCGCCGCGGUCGCCGGAGAAGAAGAGGCAGCGGACGCGGGCCAAUCAUUGGGAUCAACGACCGGUCCGGGCGGAGGCAGGCAGCGGCACUGGACAGCAGCAGGAGAGGCGAGAGGAGGAGAAGAAGCCGCAGCCACAGUCGGACGAGCGAGCGCGGGCGACUUCAGGUCAGGCUGAGCAGCGCCAGGAGCAGCGCGGAAAGGAGACGGCGGCGGUUGCUGCGGAGGCGGCGGCGGCCGGGUCCCAAUCGCAGCAGCCACAGGCGGUGAUCGGUACGGGGGCAUCCUCAACCGUUCAGCAGCAGCACCCAGGGAAGGCUGCCACGUCAGCUGUCCAGGGAUCGCGAUCGGGAUCUGCGUCAUCGAAGGUGGAAGCAGCCUCGCCCGCGCCGUCAGCGAUGGCGGCCGUAGCCGCGGCAGCGGCGGGAAUCAAUCAGGCGCUAGCUGCGGGGCAACAAGGGCCAUUGCUUGGGGGCUCCGGCGCGGGGACGACCACCCAUCAGCAGCAGCAGCGCCAAUUGCCGCUGUUGGGGAGCGGUGCAGGUGUGCUUGCCCAUCAGCCACAUCAGCACCAGCAGGGCGGAGUAGGCGUCCUUGCUGGCUUAUCGACGACAGGAAUGACCCAAUCAACCUCGAUCUUGACGGGAUCGGGACUCCAGCAGAUGACCAUGUCGCAGGCGGCGGGAGGGGCGGGACAACUUGUCGGUUAUGCGGGGCAUCAUCAUGCUCAUCAGGCAUCGCUCGCCGCAGCGGCGGCGGCGGCGGCAGGCAUCAAUCAAGGCAUGGGUCUCAGCCAGUCAGCGAUUACUGCAAUCAAUCAACUGAGUCAGGCGGCGCUGUUACGCGGACAGUUGGGCAGGAAUCCGCUGGCGGCGGCGGCGGCGGCGGCGGCGGGGGCGGGAGGGGGAAUGAUGCUCUUAGGCGCGGCGACGAUGCUUUCGCAGGUCAGUGCAACUGUAGCGCCGCCUCCAACGGUCACCCUCAGCCAAUCAACGAGGCCUGCACGCCGGAUCUAUAUUGGGAACACGCCGCCUAACAUCACCGAUCUCGAGCUUCAGGAAUUUCUUAAUAAUGCAAUGACGGUGGCAAAUGCUAUUCAUAUCCCUGGAACGAAGCCGGUGAUUAACGUAUCGGUCAACUCUGAGAAAGGCUAUGCUUUCGCGGAAUUCCUCACAAUAGAGGAUGCUUCUGCUGUACUUAAGCUUGACGGAAUCUCCUUGCAUGGUAGCGCUUUGAAGAUCCGACGGCCGAAGGACUAUACACCUGUAACGCAAGGUACCACUGGCACUGGAACAGCUGGAACUGGUUCGACCGAGGCCUCAGUGAAUCAUGUUCUUGAUGGACCGAACAAGGUGUUCGUGGGCGGCAUUCCACCAUCUAUUGAUACAGAUAGGCUCAAAGAGGUAUUGUCUGCAUUUGGUCAAGUGAAGACGUUCCGACUGGAAGUGGAUGCUUCGAAAAGUCCUCCUGAGAUGUAUGCCUUUCUGGAGUACACGGAGCCUUCAGUGACGUUGAAGGCAUGCGCAGGGCUCAAUGGAAUGAGGCUAGGAAUGGGCAUGCUGUCAGUAGUCCAAGCAACACCAGAUAGUCGCCAACAGGUAAAGUGAAUUGCAGUGCGGUCCCUCUUUUCUCUUCCUUUCUUCUCUCCCUUCCCCACUCCUCCCCCCCCCACCCCCACCCCCCUUCCCCCUCCUCCCGCCUUACUACUGGUUAAUGCAAGUCGAUGUG